AUGCUGCAAUCUGUUUCAGAGUAUAUUUUUAGUAGCACAAAUGAUCCAAAAGAUUCUAAAGCCAAUCUUAGCUCAUUAACACCCCCCAUAUCAAAGAAAAGUAAAACACAUUACUAUAAAACCCAACAACCUCAAGAUGUUCAAAAAAAAUUGCAAAAAGUAGGCAAAGCAAUUUACCCCAGCCCAGAUUCAAACAGACUCAAGCCCCCAAAUCUAGUUAGCCUUAGUUCUAUUUUAUCUGACCCCAAACUACUAGCUAAUACCACCCAAAAACCUAUACAAAUCAAUCCAACUAAUCUUGAACCCAAUGCUAAAGCUGUCAAAAUUAAAUCAACUUCUACUAUAGAAUCACAAAAUACUUAUUAUUUAUAUAUUCAGGCACUUUAUGACAAAUUUUCCAAAGUACUCUCUAGUGAUCUAUUACUACUUUGA